AUGCUGUGCAAUUUAAAGCGAUUUCCAUUCCCAUUGUCCCUCCCUCCUGUCUUUGAUUGCUUCGAAUUCACUCGCCACAUUGUCCCUCUGGACUACAUCUGGAUUCCUGCAUCGGCCUUCAUCAUUCAGAGAAUGUACCGAGCGCCGCUGCUCUCCAGUGUGGGGUUUGUGGAGCAGGCCAUACCGGGUAUAGAGUUCAUCCCCACCGCUACACUUGGCUGGAUGCUAGAGACGUACCCAGAGCUGCGGAAGCUCACUCGAGCCCUGCCACUUAUGGGCAGACUCAGCAGCCGGUUUAAAAAGGGAUAG